UCUUAAGCGCUUCAAUAAUUCACUCGUUUGCUAUAAAAAUGCUAAUGUCAGUUUUGUCUUACUAAUAAUUAGUUCAUCAUUCUGAUCUGAUUAUACUUUUGCAGCUAAGUGCUUACAUAUUUUGUACUAUUGCGUAUCAAUCUUCUUUGCAAUCUUUGUUUCUACCCACAUCUGCUCUGUUCCAAAAGCUGACUUGAAUCCUUAACCAUGGUCCAUGGCCUAAAUACGUAGUAGACGUUUGCGAUUAUGUAUUAUGGAAUCUGAAACAUCAUGAGGUUUCAGCAGCGCUUCCAGAUUCAGUAAAAUGGACAUAUCAUAUUAUCAAAAGCCGUUUGUUGAAGUAUUUCUUCUUGUUCUACUGUAUUCGCAAUCAGAAGGUAGAUAUUUUAGAAUCCAGUCCGUCUUUUGGCUGCAGGUGGCCCUCAAUGUGUUUACACCGAUGACGUCGCCGACGUCUGCUUCUGCAAAGCCAAUCAAGGCAAGAAGUGUCUCACAAAUACAAAAUGGAUAGCAGAAUGUGAGCGUGAGGCCAAUACGAAGAUGAAAGAGUGUCCACAUAAUAAACCAUACUGCUUCUAUGCUCACUCGGUGCACACCUUGGACCGAGAACUCAACAACGAUAAUGAGGCCGUGGCCAUUUUCGCGAAGGGCUGCAGCGAUGGCAAGCACACUUCCCUGAAAACAUUCGGAUUUCCCGCUGGCACUCUAGUUGAUAUCAAGUACGGGGAUUAUAUCAGGUUCGACCAGGGUCACCGCUGCACCAAGUAUGCUGACUAUACCCAGGAGAUACGGAAGACUUCUAGUGCUACUCUAAAGCGCUGGUGGUUCGAUUUUUUAAUGGACCGUGAUGUUCGCUCAAUCGGUGUUACAAAAUCUUUCCUCACAAGGGAGAUAUUUUGCCUGUGCAAGUACGACGAAUGCAACGUGGACUUCAAGAAGUUGAACUUGAUUACCACAACAGAGAAACCGUCAGCUGUAGCUCCCGCUCCAGUAACUCCUGCAGGUGGCACCGGAAGUGGUUCUGGAAGUGCGCCUGGUAGUGCACCCGGUAGUGUACCCGGUGGUGCAGCUGGAGGUUCAGCCGAUCCCGGGUCUGGAUCCGUACCUAGCCCAGCGCCCGCUCCCGCCCCCGAUGCGCUCACUACUACCGCGAAAACAACAACCAGACGGUAUUAUCCGGAAGAUGCGACGUUCGUUAAUCCCCUCACUGAUCUUCCCGUCGAGGACGGGACAUUUAAUACCGAUCCCAACUGGCAUGACGGUGAAUCCACGCUGGGGCUCGACGUCGCGAAGAUAGCCAAUGGCAGCGGGAGGGCAUGCGAUCCCAAUCAGCCAGACGAAGCUGACUGCGGUCCGGAUGCUCAGAAGAUAUCGGGCAGUGCUCGGAGAAAGCCGCUGAUAUUCCUUAUUUGCUAUGGGCUCCUAUACUGUGCCGUCUGUGCGGUCAAAAUGGUAUUGCUUCAAAGAUAAUGAACAGUGGACGAAGAAUUUUUUGCCGGCCAAGUCUGUGAAGGAUAUUGCGGACCCUAUUGGCAAAAUCGGAGGGCAAACCCGAAUUAAAACACCGCGAUGCUUGCUUUGUUUUUGUAUUGUUUAGCAGUUGUACAAGCUUGUCCGGUAAUUUCCUACGUAAAGGUACAGCUAGCGCGAAGUUUGCGCAUAUAACGAUGGCCACUUCACUACGUUUAUGAAAAUCUGUAAAUGCGCUCCGCAGUUAGAUUGUCGCUUACUGCACCAAUCAUUUUCUAGCCACCUUCGCCAGGCAGUUUCUCAUAAAAUUAUAUGGCGUGUACGAGGCCACCACCCAGCCAAAUGCAAGUUACGUGUUUGAAAAGUGUGGUGUGGCGCGCCGUAGUGUGAAGUUUGGCGUAACACGCAAAUUUGUGUAAAUCGCUGUAUGGAUUCGUAAGAAAUUACCGGACAAGCUUGUAAGUUGUAGCUGCGCAGUGCGCAAAUGCUGCAACAUAUGUAAAUCUACCGGUAGAUUUUCUUACUCUCUGACCCCCUUCCCGUAUUACCACGCUCACAGUUUUCUUGGAAAUGGAUUUUGUUUUGGAUAAGCGCUAUCUGUGAUAGAAUAAGAGAGCAGCGGACGGUGUCGCUUGGCGGUUUUUGUUUAAUUAGUGGAAACUAUUAGUAUUGACACAUUAAAAUCCUCAUGCAUCAAAACUGCACCUGCCACCAUAAACCCAUCACACACACGUAGCAUGAAAAGUAUGGACAGUGAGGAUAUGGCAAUUGGAAACCAGCCAUGUCUGUGCGCAUCUGAUUGUAGGGAUAAACGAGCGCAAAGGUGACGGGGGAGCCAAGACAGAGAAAUAACCAGCAUUUUUUGAUGUAUGCAUUAAAUUUCUGACAAAUUGCUGGUUCUGUCCGAAUGGUACCGUGAAUAUUUCCAGUUUGCUCUUUCUUCCACAGAAGUGACCUUAAGACAGGCAGACAGACACUGAAAUCAAAAUAACUGCAAGCAGCGCGCACUGCGCAAAAUAGUAGAAUAAUUAUUUGCCGACUGAAUUUAAGUGUCCACAAAGACUGCGCUCUGGUGUCUGUCAAAACCUGCCAAUAUUUCUGCAUGCAGCAACAAUAGAACGCAGCAAAUUCCAUUACCGCAGAUUACAUGCCCUCAAAUAAAUAAUAAAUUAUUAAAAUAUUUACGCCCGUGCCAGCUUCUUCAUGCUACCAUUGCAUAUCCGCCUGCUAUGCACCCACUGCAGUUUCUCAUUCUUAUCGAAGCAGCAAUCAAAAUUAGUGUGAAAGGUCAGGACGAUGGAAAUAUUGAUGGAGAUUACACUGCGAUGUAUACCAGCAGCGAUAAGCAAAGCUACGAUUAUGGAGGACUGCAGGAGAAUUUUCUCGAUAACGACAAGGAAGACUUUACAGGUGCUCAGCCAAUUUCAGGGCUGACCCAGAAUCCUGCAGGAUUUGAAAGCGAUCUGAACGAUGUAGCACGGGACAAAUCUGGGCUAAAUGAAGCUCAAGGCGAUCAUUCAAACUAUGAUGAGGAUUACGAUACAGCGACAGCUAUCUCAGCGUCCGCUGAUGCGUCGUCGGACGCCAAGAGCGAACCAACCAAUGAGAAUGUUGAUGGCGGCGACCAAACCUACACACUGGACUGUGCGACAAUGAGAGAUGUGCCGGAUAUUUUGCCUUUUUAUCUGGACCAAAUGCGCAGACUGCAAAACACACCAUUUGUGGAGGACCCUUGCAUAGUGGUAAUCACAUGCUUCAAAGAUGCACUUCUCAGCACCACCACGCCAGAAUAUGUAAAUUCGACCAACAACACUGAUAUGUCCAAUAAGACGUUUAUGAGCACAACCACACCGGAUCCUUUCGCCAUCUUUGGAGAGUUCGCAAACUACACGUUGGAUGAUUGUUCGCAGUACGCCACACCGGAACCCGACAGCGAGCUGAACGAUGCGUCCAGAACAUCGGCUGAUCCCGACGUGCAAAUGCGCUCACUGUGGGCCAGUAUAUUCCGUCUGAAACUGAAAUUUGUGCGGCCUGCUGAGCCGGGCGUUCCAACGCCCCUAUACAACGAGUACGUGUCCGUUCUAUUCAACUACAAUUUUCCCAUCGGCAUGAGAUCAAAUUACCUUGCCAGAACGGGAAAACCGCUAGUUCGAUUGAUGCGGCAGCGUAUCCGCGUGACCGGUCUAUCUGACGGCCGUUCCGGUGACCCUGUCCUUAAUGCGCCCUGCUAUAGAAAAUACAUUCAGUCUCAGGAGCAGACCAUGAACUUUUAUCUACAGUCUUGGCUGCCCAGGGAAAUCCAGGAUUUCGAUAUAUGCGUGUGCCAAAAAGUGGAAUUCAAUCCGACGGCUACUGUGCUCAACGGGGAUGCACAGGCGGUGAUUGAGAAUGCCGUGACCCAGACACGCGGAUUGCAGAGUGUAGACGGCAAAUGGAUCACCUUGGAUUUAACUCAUGUCACACCGGACGUCUGCAUCGGCAGCCUUGAUGCUGACAGUGGCAUCACUACCGGUUGUUGCGAUCCCGAUCCGCGCGCGGUGCCGCGUGUUGAUAUGCCAUCGUUCGCCGGAAACCAAUAUGUCAGCAAAAGGUUCGCAGAAGAAAUACUCAGCAUAUUCUUCAUAGAGAAUACUACGCAGUUCCAGCCUUUCGAUGAGCGGGAGGCAUUUGAGCAGUCCGAACAGUGGCAAAUCGCCAAGUCUGAAAGACGGUUAAGGGAAAUGACCAGUAUCAGAGACUUUUAGAAAUGGCGAAGGUCGAGGUGUCAAUUUGGAUGCUGACGAUCAAGAGAGAUCGUGUCUGGUUCUUGGUCUUUGAUUCUGGCAAAACAUUCUAAGGUAGUAUUGUAGUACUGCUUUUUUGUACUGGUUUUCGUUACGAUUUUUUAUUUGAUCGAAAGUGCUUACAAAUUGAUGUCACGAUUUAGCUGGCCGGUGACAUUACGGUUUCCUUUUUAAUCUGCAUUUUUCUGUUUUUGGAAUUUUUCUGUAAUAAGUUCUACCAAAGUAAAAAUAACACAUGUAGCCUAAAUCAUUAUGGAAAAUGCCGCUGAAA